UUCGAAAACUUGCACGGUGAGGGACGCCGUGGAGGAGAAAGAAAAACGUAGUGGACAAAACACAAUGGCGACAGCGGCAACUGGAGCUGGCGGAACGGGUUCGAGUGGACCGGCGACCGGUCCAGUGGGCGGCGGCGCUGCCGUGGGUCGAAAGAAGGACGGGGGCCCGUCUUCGAAAUUCUGGGAGAGUUCUGAAACGGUAUCUCAGCUGGAGACAGUUCGGUUGUGGAUUGCCAAGCACUACAAAAAGCAUGUCCAGAACGACUCUCCCUCAAGCAAGUCGCUGGCCGGCCUGGUCGUCCAGUUGCUGCAGUUCCAGGAGGAUGCCUUUGGUCGAAGGGUCAACAACCCCGCCCUCACCAAGUUACCGACCAAGAGUUUCCUGGAUCUUAAGGCCGGUGGUGCUCUUUGUCACAUUUUGGGCUCGGUUUACAAGUUCAAGAGUGAGCAGGGCUGGCGUAGGUUUGAUCUCCAGAACCCCUCCAGGAUGGACCGUAACGUGGAGAUGUUUCUUAACGUGGAGAAGUCCCUGGUUCAGAAUAACUGUCUGACUCGACCAACGGUCUUCCUGUCCACCGACAUGGAACAGAAGCAAGCCAAUAAGCUCAAAGACAUCAUCAAGAGGCACCAGGGCUCCAUCACUGAGGAUAAGUCGAAGGCAACCCACCACAUUUACCCCUCUCCUACCCAGCAAGAAGAUGAGGAGUGGCUUCGUCCAGUCAUGCGCAAGGACAAGCAAGUGCUGGUGCACUGGGGCAUGUCCCCCGACAGCUAUGACACCUGGGUGGCCGUCGGCGAGGUGGACGGAGACGUGGAGGACCCCCCGAGCGCAGAGAGACCCUGGAAGGUCCACGCCAAGUGGGUGCUGGACACAGAUGCCUACAACGAGUGGAUGAACGAGGAGGACUAUGAGGUGGACGAGAACAAGAAGCCUGUCAGCUUCCGCCAGAGGAUCUUCCCCCGGGAGGAAGAAUCUUCCCGUACGCCCGACCGCAAGGAGCGCAAGGCCAACUCUGCCGGCAAGAAGAGACGCCGCUCUCCCUCCCCGCCAACCACCCCUGCAGAGUCCCGCAAGAAGGGAGGAAAGAAGGGGAACCCCGGGGCUCACUGGAAGCGGCGCAGCCACCGCGGGGGGGAGGAGGAUGACACGGAGGAGGACCUGAGCAAAGACCUGGACGACUCCUCCACCAACCCUACCCUGGACGAGACCAGUGGCACCAAGAACGAUGACAUGGAGGACGACUCAGUUCUGUCAGGUGGAAAGGAGGACGAGGAGCAGAGCAAGGCGGAGGUCAACCGACUGAUGGACUCCGAGGACAACGUCACAGAGCAGACUCACCACAUCAUCAUCCCCAGUUACGCUGCCUGGUUUGACUACAACUGUAUCCAUGAAAUUGAGAGACGAGCCCUGCCAGAGUUUUUCAACGGGAAGAACAAGUCGAAAUCCCCAGAGAUAUACCUGGCCUACCGCAACUUCAUGAUCGACACGUACCGCCUCAACCCCCAGGAGUACCUCACAUCGACCUCCUGCCGCCGUAACCUGACGGGGGACGUCUGCGCCGUCAUGAGGGUGCAUGCGUUCCUGGAGCAGUGGGGUCUGGUGAACUACCAGGUGGACUCAGAGAGCCGCCCGCUCCCCAUGGGACCGCCCCCAACCCCCCACUUCAACGUCCUGGCCGACACCCCCUCGGGACUUAUCCCCCUCCACCACAGACCCCCGCAGAUUCCUCCAGCUCAGCCCAUCAUGAACUUCUCGGAGAAGAACAAAGACAAACCCACCAAUAUGCAGAACUUUGGCCUGCGCCCCGACCUGUACGCCAAGAAAAACCUCAAGGGCAAGGGACCCACCUCCGGCCGGGAGUGGAGCGAACAGGAGACCCUGCUCCUCCUGGAGGCGCUGGAGAUGUACAAGGACGACUGGAACAAGGUGUCGGAGCACGUGGGCUCCAGGACCCAGGACGAGUGCAUCCUGCACUUCCUGCGGCUGCCCAUCGAGGACCCCUACCUGGAGAGCACGGAGGCCACCCUGGGCCCCCUGGCCUAUCAGCCGGUGCCCUUCAGCCAGUCGGGGAACCCCGUCAUGAGCACCGUGGCCUUCCUGGCCUCCGUGGUGGACCCCCGCGUGGCCUCGGCCGCCGCAAAGGCAGCGCUCGAGGAGUUUUCGCGUGUGCGUGAGGAGGUGCCGGCCGAGCUGGUGGAGGCGCACGUGAAGAAGGUGCAGGAGGCGGCCAGGAGCACCGGCAAGGUGGACCCCGCCUUCGGCCUGGAGAGCAGCGGAAUCGCCGGCACUGCCCCCGAGGAACCGGAGAAAACAGAGAGCCAGGAAGCAGAGAAGAUGGAUACCGACUCCGACUCGCAGCAGGGGGAUAAGGCGGAGUCCAAGGACGAGGCGGAGAAGCCCAGCGAGUCCGCCGAGAAGAGGGACGACAAGGCGGAGGGCGGGGAGAAGGUGAAGAAGGAGGCGGGCGAGGCCACGGAGCGCCCGGAGCCAGAGGCCGAGGGGCCGGAGGUCAAGGCCGCCGGCGCCGCAGACAAAGACAGCGAGGAGGCCAUGGAGACGUCGUCCGAGAAGGGGAAGGGGAAGGAGAAGGAGGAGAAGAGUCGAGAGGAGGAGGAGGACGAUGAGGAGGAGGAGGAGAAGGGCGAGGGAGAUGAGGAGGAGGAGGAGGAUGAGAAGAAGAAGCUGGAGCUGGAUGUCGGAGAGGGGAACAUCGCCACCGCCGCGGCUGCCGCGCUGGCCUCUGCCGCCACCAAAGCCAAGCACCUGGCCGCGGUUGAGGAGAGGAAGAUCAAGUCCCUGGUGGCGCUGCUGGUGGAGACUCAGAUGAAGAAGCUGGAGAUCAAGCUGAGGCACUUUGAGGAGCUGGAGACCAUUAUGGACCGCGAGAAGGAGGCCUUGGAGCUGCAGAGGCAGCAGCUGCUGACGGAGCGGCAGUCCUUCCACAUGGAGCAGCUCAAGUACGCUGAGAUGAAGGCCCGCCAGCAGAUGGAGCAGCAGGCUGCAGCCGCCGCCGCUCAGGGCCAGGGCCCCGGGCACCACGGGGGACCCCCGCCCGCCAUGCACUCCGGAUACCCCCCCAUGGGCCAUCACGCCAUCGGCCCCCACCACCCUGCAGGACCAAUGGGACCAGGGCCCGUCCAAGGGCGUAUGAUGUCCGGGCCCCCACCUGGCGGCCCCCCACCAGGCAGCAUGCCACCCAUGAUGGGCCCCCGGCACCCAGGUGCACCCAAUGGCAUGUAUCCAGGACCGUCGGGUGAUGGGAUAGUGGCAGUCCCCACAGGUCCUCCAGCGCCCCCUGCUGCACGGGUGGCAGAUAACUAGGACACUCAAACACAUGCAUACACUCACACUCACUCUCACUAACUAUCUGACGCGAAUAAUGGCCUUCCUUCCUGACUAAAAAUAUUUCUUUCCCACUCAAAAAUGACGAUAGCUUCUUAUUUUAGACACACAUUUACACACACACACACACACACACACACACACACACACACACACACACACACACACACACACACACACACACACACACACACACACACACACACACACACACACACACACACACACACACACACACACACACAGGGCUCAAAGGCAAGGCUGACCCAAGCUUCCAUGGCUCCAUCUGUCCUACAUACCCACAUCCAUGCAUGCACAUACCCCCCCCCCCCCGGCUUCUCUCAGGGCACAGCGGCGAGGGUCGUUUAGUAAACACUGUUUUGUACUCUGCUAUGGCCUCAUGGACGCACAUCCGCAGAGUCAUCCCUAUUUAAUGAACUAGGGAGGAUGACACGAUGAACCCCCCCCCCCCCAUCGCUUAUUUACCUCCUAAUGAUGCUGUAGACUCCCACCCCCCAUCCCUUCUCUCUCAGCCUCCCUUUGUAAAGACCCCGAUGCUCGAACACGCAUACACACACACCAUCACACACACAUAUACUGUCUCGCUCUCUUGCUUGUCCUCUGUGAUCCUAUACUUAACCACCAGGGGGAAAAGGGUGAGACUGUUGUUACCCAAGAGUUCAGAUACGUCAGUAGUGUGGCAAUCAUGUGGAAUAGGGGAUCAAUCCAAUGAACACGCAUACACACGAAAACACUGGCUGCCCAAACGCUGAGUAUCUACCUCUACGCUUCUUCAAAAAACAAUACACUGUAGGUGUGUGUGUGUUGUUGGUGGGGGGAUCCUUUCUAUUGAUCGAAGGGUGUGGUUAUUACACAAGCCAACCACCCAUCCGUAACACACUUAAACACACCCAAUUCUGGAUUCUGUUCCCUGUAGACUGGCUGGACACAUCGCAGUGUGUAUCAGAAGCACAUGUGGUGCCAUCUCGGCUUCUGACUGAAUCACUACUGUAUCUGUCACGUGUACUCUCCUGGCGCACCGGGCACUACUGGAUCUGUAACAUGCGCUCUCCUCUCGCCAGUGCACUGCUGUGUCUGUACACGUGCACGGUGGUCAUCCACGUGCUGAUGAUAAUGAGCCUACUACUCAUACAAGCUUACUUCGCUCUGCACCCCCCCCCCCCCCCCCCAACACCGCCUACCUCUCUCACACACGCACUCCCCACACACACAGGACUUGAUUACAACAGUCUUAUUCCACUCACGAGCUUGACGGGGAAAAUGGGUCAACCCAAGCUAACAUGUUCAUAUAUACUCAUAGUUUAAGUACGUGUGUUACUACAUGUGCUUAAUAUGUACAUAUGUCCAUCAAAGUUCUGCCAAUAUAUGUACUUGUCAAAUGGCUAAUUAUAUCAACUAUUACAUUUUACAUGUUUCAUAGCUGGACUGAGAUGUUGUAAUCAGAGUACGGGAUUGAAAAGCAAAUGCCAAAUGCAAACUUUUUGAUUAUUUGCAGUACUUAAGGUAGUGGUACGUGGUGGGCUUAUGCCUUUAGCUCCACCUCCAACCCCCCCCCCCCCCCCCCUGUCCCCCCGUCCCCUCUGCUGUUUUCUCGCUAGUACUGUUAGCAACUCUCUGCUACCUCCUCUUCGCUCCUGGCCUAGCUACCUCUCGUUAGAGCUCUUCCUCUCGCUAAGCGCUACCUCUCUGACGUGGCCGCGCGACGGCCUAGCUUUCCUGCCUCCUCCCACAAUGCUGUGCGCUUCCAGACCCAACGGAACGCUAGCACGUUGGCCACCGGCGCCGUUCUCCGUCAGGAAGGAGAAACGCUUUCACCCGCGCACACACAUACACACGCAUAAACAUACGACACCUGUGCACACAUUUUUCGAUGACACAAUUUUAACGUACCCCCUAACUGAACUUUCCAGGCUGUUGAAUAUUUGUCCUGGAAGGAAAAGCCAGGAACCCCCUUCCAUAUGUAAUACUUUUUUGGCUACUCUUUUUGUGUUUAUGGUAAUGUAUUUUUGAUGAAUAAACUUUGUGUAGACUGAGCUCUUUGUUCUUCAGAAUAUUUGUAGCAGUUGUUUUUAUUUUUUUUAUGUUUUUCUUUUUUUUUCUUUGCGUUUGUCUUUUUAUGGGGUCUGGACCUACACACUGUCAAAUAAACGUUUUUGUAUGAGC